AUGGGGAAAGAAAUUAGAAAUAAGAUCUCGAUCGCUAUCGAAAAAGUCAGGAUAUUUGCUGGACCUCUGACCAGCUCUGCUGGACCUCUGACCAGCUCUGCUGGACCUCUGACCAGCUCUGCUGGACUUAUGACCAGCCCUGCUGGACCUAUGAUCAGCUCUGCUGGACCUCUGACCAGCUCCGCUGGACCUCUGACCAGCUCUGCUGGACCUAUGACCAGCUCUGCUGGACCUCUGACCAGCUCUGCUGGACUUAUGACCAGCUCUGCUGGACCUAUGAUCAGCUCUGCUGGACCUCUGACCAGCUCUGCUGGAUCUCUGACCAGCUCUGCUGGACCUCUGACCAGCUCUGCUGGACCUCUGACCAGCUCUGCAGGACCUCUGACCAGCUCUGUUGGACCUCUGAAGUGCUCUGUAUGA